AUGGAAGCCAUCAAGAAGAAAAUGCAAAUGUUGAAACUGGAUAAGGAGAAUGCUAUUGAUCGGGCAGAGCAAGCAGAAGGAGACAAAAAGGGGGCAGAGGACAAAUGCAAACAGGUAUGGGAAUAUAACUAACUGAACAAGAGGGCAAUCCCUGCCUUUUCAUUGCUUGAAGGGAGAUGGUCAACUGUAUCUAAUGCCAAUAUAAAUUAAUUUUACACAGACUUAUUAAAUGUAAUGAUUAUACUGCUCCCUGCUCUCUGUCAACCAUGAAGUGGUUUGGUCAUUGACAGACAGUAUGUCAUCCAUAUAUGGUCAUCCAUAUACAAUCUAUUCUACAAUAUGCAAUAAACAUACUGUAAAAGCCCAAGUCAGUGAUUUUAUUACUCGGGUGAGCAUAUCAUAUAUUUACUAUAUUUCAAGUAUGUAGUUUCUACCCUGAAACACAUGGUAAGACAGAUGUCCAAUGUCUAUGUGGAAGAUAGGUAAGUGUUUGUUCUAAGUAAUGGCAUCUUAAUAUCCUCUUGUGAAGUCAUCCGUAAAGCUACUUUAGACUUUUGCACCUACAAAUAAUAAAAGUCCUUAUAGUCUCUUCAGUGGUGUUUCAUGGGUACAGCAGGCAAGUUGAUUAGAUAUGAUAAACCGAUCCCACCAAAACGGCCCAGACAGUUUGAAGUUAUUAUGGGCAGUGUUAAAUUCCCUGAGUCAAAGCACAUUGAUGAGGGGGACACAAGCUGACUUAAGGAGUACAGUGUGAAUGACUGUUUCAUACCCGUGGUAUACAGUCAGUUAUAAACUGGGUGGUUCAAGCCCUGAAUGCUGAUUGGCUGACAGCCGUGGUAUAUUUAAGCAAUAAGGCACGAGGGGGUGUAUACCACGGCUAAGGGCUGUAUCCAGGCACUCCGCAUUGCGUCGUGCAUAAGAACAGCCCUUAGCCGUGGUAUAUGUCCAGUGUCAUCUCUCAUUUGUUAUAAUUUAACCAUAGAAGGCACUCAGUACAUCGUUGAAGAUGGUCAGAUUCUGUAUUAUACAAGUGUUAGCUAGCCUUCAAGAAAUGCACACAAUUUGCGGUGUUUGAGAAAAUCAAGACCGGGAUAGAAUGACAGAAGACACUCUCCAGUCAUCAUUUUGGAUCCAACCCCAUCUCAGAAUCAGUCACAUCUUGGCCCGAGCCUUUCAUGGUCUCCCUCUCAGCUGUUACCCAUGGUCUGUCUAUGAUGACCACUUCUCAAAUGUUGACAUUAUGGCUCCAUAGCAGCUUAGGCCUUCUCUCAGUUUCAUUCUAUUUUCUGCCUUUGGACAUUGGCUACUCCCUACCAUCCCCCAUGGGAACAAGAAAACCAUCCUUCUGCUUUGUCUUGAGCAUUUGGAAGAAAAUUAUGGGAGGCAAAUGCACCCUCAGAGCCGCGCCAUUGUGUGAAAUCAGCCCUACCUACACAACUUGACAGUUUUGGCAACAACUGAAUGUGUAGCCAAGACCUGGACCUGGACAAGAGAAGAUACACCAUCUCAUUCUACUGUACCUCCUUUUUCCUGUUAUGAAGCUACUUCAUACCUCAGCUGACUCAAGAUUUGGAAUGGAUCCUCUUCGUGAAUAGAAAAUAGCUUGAGCUUAUAUGGACACGUACAGUACUGAACCAAAUAGCUUCUGGUCACUUUAUACUUGACUAACAUUACCCAUUAUGUUAUGUGAGUCCUCUCUUUCCGUUUAGUUCCCAAGUAACUAAAGCCAUCAGUGGCUUGGAAUGGAAUGGAAAUAGAACCCCCCGUCCUUGAACAUUUGUCUAUCCCCCUGGUGUGUGUUUGUGAUACCAUGAAGAACAUUUGUUUCUGUGGCGACCAAUAGCUAAUGGUCUAAUCGCUUCAGCUUUUGUUGGCGUCUAAAUGUUCCAUUCUACUCAUCUAUCAUACUUAAUUGACGUGGUCAGCAAGAGCCAUAUGGAGCCUCUCUGUGAAUAAUAGUAGUCUUCCCUCACAUAUAUUUGUUCGCAGAAGAGCACACCUUGGGCUAUUCUGAUUCCAGCACCGACAUUUGUCUUUGGAGCAGCCUUGACGGUGGCAUGUCUAUUUAAAUUGUUGUUCAACAAAGAAGAAAGGGAUCAAGGCUGAAUCCGAAACAACAUGGAAGAGCAGCAGGCCUGGGAUCAGCCCCCUCGCAUAGCUGGAGCCCAAAAGACCCGUGUAAUCUGUCAGAUGUAAUAAAAGAAUGACAUUCAUCAUGAGGACAUAGUGUAAACUGUUCACACACUGUCACUGUCAUUCACAUUCACAAUGGGCUUCUUAUAGGUUAGAGGGGAUCUUUUCUAACGACGAUCCUAAUCACAUUAAGCUUCUUGGGUUGUAGCCUAGCCGUUUUUAACACUCGUCAGGCAGAUUACUUUUUUUUACACUGGGAAAGAUAGCAAGAACUUUGAUAUGAUGAGUUGAACAGGGGACCCCCAAAACAAGCAACCGUCCUACAGCUACAUUCAUCUCUCAACAGCUUCAGUCUAUUACCAGGGCA